UCUUUACUUUCUUUCGUCAUUUAGUAAAUUAAAUGAGAGAACAAAUAUAUAUUUGAGUGGUUUUCGAUCUUUUUCAACGUCUAUAUGAAGCAAUAUGAUGAAGCUUUUGUUUGAUAUAAAAACAGAGAUGAUUAUUAAGCUAAGUAGGCUAUGAGCAAUAUGAGAAAAGUGGGAUGUGGGAGUCUUUUUUAACUUAUUUAUGUUUAUUUAACGAUAUUGGGUAGCAAAAACAUCUCACUUCAACAUAUUUUAAAUGUAAAAUCUAACACAAUAAAUUGUAAAAGUAGUAUUGCGAAUAAACUACUUAUGAUAGGCACUGUAUGUCCACAUAAAUAUUUAUAAAAGCGUAGACCAAAAAAAUGCGCCCCUCGGUAAACGCCCUCAUAUGAGAAGGAUUUUGUUUCCAAGGCGGAGUUCCUCUGUAGGCUACUGUAGGCUGGGCAUUAUAAGUCUUUCUUGCCGAAGCUUUGCGGGUGCCUACCUGCGACUCACUGGAAACACUGCAAAAUGGACAGCGGGGGAAGAAAAGUGGUCGUUUGUGACAAUGGCACCGGGUUUGUAAAGUGUGGUUUUGCUGGGUCAAAUUUUCCCGACCACAUCUUCCCUGCCCUAGUGGGUCGACCCAUCAUUCGGUCAGAUACGAAAGUUGGCAAUAUAGAGAUCAAGGAUCUUAUGGUCGGCGAUGAAGCAAGUGAAUGCCGCUCAAUGUUGGAGGUAUCAUAUCCCAUGGACAAUGGUAUAGUCCGCAACUGGGAAGAUAUGCUGUUCCUCUGGGACCACACCUUCGGCCCGCAACGGCUUAACAUCAACCCUCCCGACUGUAAAAUUCUGCUGACAGAACCUCCAAUGAACCCAUUGAAGAACCGUCAGAAGAUCACUGAGGUCAUGUUUGAGACCUACAAGUUCCAUGGUGUCUAUAUGGCUAUUCAGGCAGUGCUGACUCUAUAUGCUCAGGGUUUGUUAACCGGUUUAGUGAUUGAUUCAGGAGAUGGUGUGACUCAUAUUUGUCCUGUAUAUGAGGGCUUCUCUCUGCCACAUCUUACUCGCCGUUUAGACAUCGCAGGACGAGACAUCACACGUUAUCUCAUUAAGCUUUUGCUUCUGAGAGGCUACGCUUUCAACCACACAGCGGACUUUGAGACAGUGCGGAUGAUGAAGGAGAAGUUGUGUUUUGUGGGUUACAACAUCGAACAAGAACAGAAACUAGCAAACGAAACCACAGUUCUGGUGGAGUCAUACACAUUACCAGAUGGGCGGACGAUAAUGGUUGGAGGUGAAAGGUUUGGCGCACCAGAGGCACUUUUUCAACCUCAUCUCAUUAAUGUGGAGGGUGUCGGUGUGGCUGAACUUCUCUUUAACACCAUUCAAGCAGCAGACAUUGACAUAAGGGCGGACCUUUACAAACACAUUGUCCUGUCUGGUGGCACCACCAUGUACCCAGGACUUCCUUCCCGUUUGGAGCGUGAGAUCAAGCAACUUUACCUAGAGAGGGUUCUGAAAGGAGACACAGAGAAACUCUCUAAAUUUAAAAUUCGUAUUGAAGACUCUCCGCAACGUAAACACAUGGUGUUCAUGGGUGGUGCAGUGCUAGCCAACAUCAUGAAAGAUAAGGAGAGUUUCUGGAUGUCACGAGCGGAGUAUGAGGAGAAAGGCCUGAAGGUGCUGGACAAACUGGGAGGUGGACAAAAAUGAGGGAGUCAUCACAAAUCUCUACACCAUCUCAACACCAUCAAUAUACACAUAUAUAAUUGUGUGCCAAUCACAUUCAUUGUUAUAAAUGUAAAGCAGUUUGCAAAUUUCAAAAACAUAAAUAAACCUUUUGACAGUU